CUCAAAUGUUAGUUGUGUUGGAGUUUGUCGUUUGGUUGCAUAGCAGGCUGCAAGAAGAUUGGAAUGUAUAAAAUUUGUUUCUUCUAUAGAAGGAUCUAAUGGGAAGGGGGAAAAAAGAGCAGCGGCCAAGCUGUCCACCCCCCACAAACGUCGCCCUCUGUAGUCUGACCUCCUUCAGUUAUUCCGGAUCUGUAGCUGCUCUGGUUUAUCAUCCUCCUUUGAGUCCUUUGUCUUGUACUUGUCAGUCUAGGGUUUAUCUGAUUUUCUAUGUGAUAGUGGAUUCCCUCCCUCCCAGUUUUAAACUUACAACCAUUGUUUGUUCCCUCUUUCCUCCUCCUGGAAUUAGGGUUCGGCAGCUGCUUCGCUAUCUCGAGUUUCACUACUGGGAAUUUAUUUAGGGAGGGUUUCGCUCUCCCUAUAUUCCUCUCUUUUGCUCUUUCUCCCCUUCCUUCUCUCUAUCCUCUUUAGCAUUUCCGUUCCUCCAUUCCGACGGGUUCUCAUACCGUUCAUACCAUACCAGUGCCACCCUCGAUGUCGAUGAUUCAAAUCUAUCCACAACUCUGCCCAGCCCACUCCUUCGUUUAGAUUAGUUGGAACUCUCCUCUUCAUCAAUCCCAGCUGCAGCUGCUACCCCUCCCCCCUCCUCGUGAUGAUUGAGGGCAGGAGAAUCUCGGCCAAUCCCAGACCUUGCUCCGGUGGGAGGGUCUUGGCUAGGAAAAGGCCUCGCGUCGAAAGUCUCCUUAAUACUGUCAAGAAGCUUCACCGCCGAGAGAUUUCCUCCAAGCGGGAUCGUGCUUUCACUAUGAGCAAUGCCCAGGAAAGAUUUCGCAAUAUGCGUUUGAUGGAUGAAUAUGACACCCAUGACCCCAAAGGCCACUGCUCGAUGGUACUUCCAUUUUUGAUGAAGAGAACAAAAGUGAUAGAGAUAGUGGCUGCUCGUGAUAUUGUAUUUGCCCUUGCCCAUUCGGGUGUCUGUGCAGCUUUUAGCAGAGAGACGAACCAGAGGAUAUGUUUUCUGAAUGUGAGUCCUGAUGAGGUCAUUCGAAGCUUGUUUUAUAACAAGAACAACGAUUCUCUAAUCACAGUUUCCGUUUAUGCCUCGGACAACUUUAGCUCCUUGAAAUGCAGAUCAACAAGAAUUGAGUACAUACGUAGAGGCAAGCCGGAUGCCAGGUUUGCUCUUUUUGAGUCUGAGUCUUUGAAGUGGCCUGGAUUUGUAGAAUUUGAUGAUGUCAACGGAAAGGUGCUUACGUACUCUGCACAAGAUAGCAUAUAUAAAGUGUUCGAUCUUAAAAACUACACAAUGCUGUACUCCAUAUCAGAUAAACAUGUACAAGAAAUCAAGAUAAGUCCUGGGAUUAUGUUGUUGAUUUUCAAUAGAGCAAGUAGUCAUGUUCCUCUUAAGAUUUUAUCAAUUGAAGAUGGCACAGUUCUCAAAGCAUUCAAUCAUCUACUCCACCGAAACAAAAAGGUUGACUUCAUUGAACAAUUCAAUGAAAAGCUUCUUGUCAAGCAGGAAAAUGAAAACCUCCAAAUUCUCGAUGUUCGGAAUGCGGAGCUGAUAGAAGUCAGUAGAACUGAAUUCAUGACACCGUCUGCCUUUAUCUUCUUGUAUGAGAACCAAUUGUUCUUAACAUUCAGAAAUAGGACUGUCGCCGUCUGGAAUUUCCGCGGGGAGCUUGUAACCUCUUUUGAGGACCACCUAUUAUGGCAUCCUGACUGCAACACCAAUAACAUAUAUAUAACAAGCGAUCAGGAUCUGAUUAUUUCCUACUGCAAGGCUGAAUCUGAUGAUCAGUGGAUGGAAGCAAACGCUGGGUCUAUCAAUGUCAGCAAUAUUUUGACAGGAAAGUGUUUGGCUAAAAUAAAUGCCUCCAAUGGCAGUCCAAAAGUCGUUGAGAGCUGUAGUGGUAGUGGUAGCAGUGGCGGCAGUACUAGCGGCUCAAAACAACUGAGUCACACGUCUAUGAGAAGUACAGCAGCUGAGGCACUUGAAGAUAUAACUGCACUUUUCUAUGACGAAGAACGCAAUGAGAUUUAUACGGGCAACCGCCAUGGCCUUGUUCAUGUAUGGUCUAACUGAAUAAUAUGUUUGAGCCAAACUAUGCGCUUCCUUUAUCAUUGUAUCUGUAGCCUUUAUAUCAGCAGCCGAAGAUGAUGCUAGUAUCCGAUGCUGGUUCAGUUUUUUCUUCUUUUUUCACCCUUUAACUCUUGGCUUGGGGUGGUGGGGGAAGAGCAUCGUAAAUUCAUUACUAGGUACCAACUACCAUGUAAUACCGCGUUGUAUUCUUUUACUCUGAUUUUGUAUUUGUUUCUAACACUGGGAGCCUGGCUGUAUUGUUCUGUGGGGGAUAAUAGAAGAAUGGUUAGUAACGAAUAUAUGUUGUGUUCUUGGUACUGAAAUAAACAUGCUUUCUAAAGUCCACGGUAAUCUCAACUCCAUCAGUUGUGAUUGAGAAACUUAGAAAUUAUUGCUUUUUUCUUCUAUGGAUGAAUGAUAACACUCA